AUGGAUGCAUCUUGUCAAAAGGAAGCCUGCAAUUUACAAAAUUGCAUACAAAGAAAUCAGUAUAAUCAAAGCAAGUGUGAAGAAUACAUCAACUCUUUAUUGAAAUGCUGCAACUUGUGGUAUUCACAAAAUGGAAGUGAAAGUAAAGAAUCACCUAACUCUUGCCCUCAAUACUCCAUACUGUUACGCCAGAUGAAGGAUCGACAGCUUCUAUGA